AUGAAUCUUGUAGUACACCACCCAAAUUCACAUCAGUUUCUUAUGGCACAAAAUUACAGGCAUUUCCCACUGAUCAAAACCCAAACAGACACAACUCAUCCACCAGUUUUUCCAACGAAUACAGGCUCAGCUUUUCCCAUACUAGCAGUUGCUCUACUAAGUAUAAUGGGCACAGCUUUCUUGUUAGCUAGCUACUACAUCUUUGUGGUCAAGUGCUGCUCAAACUGGCAUCAACUUAAUCUCCUUAGAAGAUUUUCCAUCUUGAGGUCAAGACAAGAUGACAAUGAUUCCUUCAUAGCUCUCUCUCCGGUGACGUGGAAUCGGGGGCUUGAUGAGUCGGUCAUUCGAGAAAUCCCGACUUUUCAGUUCAAAGGAGGGGAUAUGGAGGAGAGAAGUGUGUUUGGAUGUGUGGUUUGUUUGAAUGAGUUUCAAGUGCAAGACACUCUGAGAGUUCUUCCAAACUGCAACCAUGCGUUUCACUUGGACUGCAUUGAUAUAUGGCUUCAAAGCAAUGGAAAUUGUCCACUUUGCAGGACCAGCAUUGCAGGCACAAUUCGCUGCCCAAUUGAUCAAAUCAUAGCGCCAAGCUCUUCACCUCAGGAGCUUCAGCUGUAUUCAGAAAGUCUAAUGGGAAGUGAUGAAGAUUUUGUGGUGAUUGAAUUGGGUGGAGAAGAAAAUGGAGAAGUAGUGUUUCCACAAAGGCAGCAAGAGAGAAACAACAACUUCAGAGAUGUUUUGGCGUCUAGAACUGAUCAUUCUCCAAGAAAAAUGGAGCACAAGGUGAGAGUGAAAAAGUGUCACCAUGUUUCAAUCAUGGGAGAUGAGUGCAUCGAUGUUCGUAAGGAUGAUCAGUUCUGUAUUCAGCCCAUAAGGAGAUCUUUCUCGUGGGAUUCAGCCACCGAUCGCCAGCUCUACUCGACGGUUCGGGAAAUCAUUCAGAAGAACAGGAGGCCUCUCAAUGAGGUUAGUACUAGUGGAGAAUGCGAUGGAAGAAUCCGAAGAUCGUUCUUUCCGUUUCGACAAGGCAGAAGUUCCAGGAAUGCAGUUGUUCCUUUUGAGAUGUAA